UGAACAGUGUAAGGGAACACCCAUCAUGAGACCAACCAGCCAGCUUCUUCUGCUCCUCUUCUUGGCAUGCAUCUUGCUCCUCUCCAUCCAGACCUCCGCUGCUGACAAGCUCGAGAAAGGCCAGAACCUCACUGACUCCAAUGGCGACACGCUUGUCUCGGCCGGCGGCUCCUUCACCCUAGGGUUCUUUUCUCCCGGGGUGUCCACUAAGAGGUACCUCGGCAUAUGGUUCUCGGUGUCCAACGACACCGUCUACUGGGUGGCCAACCGUGAUGACCCUCUCGGCGACACGUCCGGCAUGUUUGUGUUCAACGACGCUGCCACCCUCGUCCUGCUUGACGGCUCCCGCCGCACGGUCUGGUCUUCAGACUUCUCCAGCGGAAGCGCGGCUCAACUUCUCGAUUCCGGCAACCUGGUUGUGCGGAACGGCAGCAGUGACGCCUACCUGUGGCAGUCGUUCGACCACCCGUCGGACACCUUGCUGCCCGGCAUGAAGCUGGGUAAGAACUUCUGGACCAAAACCGAGUGGCAGCUCACGUCAUGGCGAUCAGCGGACGACCCGUCUCCGGGGGACUACGGCCGUACGCUGGAAACUAAGGGGUUACCGGAGCUCGUCCUGUGGCGUGGCAACGUCAAGACGUACCGCACGGGGCCAUGGAACGGUCUCUACUUCAACGGUGUCCCGGAGGCAUCGACGUACACGAACAUGUACCCGCUGCACAUGACCGGCCUGACGGGCAGGUCGACGGAGAUAACAUAUGGGUACACCGCCGUGCCCGGCGCACCACUGACCCGCGUCGUUGUGAACCACACUGGCGUGGUGGAGCCGCUGGUGUGGAACACCGACACAGGGGCGUGGAUCUCCUUCUUCAGCAGGGGGGCAAGGGACGUCACCUGCGAAGCCUAUGGCAAGUGCGGGGCGUCUGGCCUCUGCAACCCUGAGGCGGCAUUGUCCGGGUUCUGCGGCUGCCUGCCGGGGUUCAGCUCUGUAUCGGCUUCGGCGUGGCAGAUGAAGCAGUAUGCGGGCGGGUGCCAGCGCGACGCAGUUCUGGAGUGUCGUGGCGGGAAGACGACGGGCCGCUUCAAGGUGGUGUCAGGAGUGAAGCUUCCUGACACGCAGAAUGCGACCGUGGAUAUUGAUGUCGCUACGCUGGAGGAGUGCGAAGCGAGGUGCUAUGCCAACUGCUCAUGCUUGGCCUACGCUGCUGCUGAUACCAGAGGCGGCGGCAAUCGCAGUGGCUAUGUCAUGUGGGCGGAUGCCAUUGUUGAUCUUCGCCUCAUUGACAACAAGCAGGAUCUCUACCUCAGGUUGUCGAAAUCAGAAUUUGGUGAGCCAUCUGUGUCCAAGUUUCCUACUCGGAUUGUUAUAAUCGGUGUAUCUGUAUCCGUGAUCAUCAUCGUGGUUCUCCUUGCUUUCUUCUUUUUCAUCUGGAGACGAUCUCACAAUCCAGGUAAACGCUGUCUAUAUAAACACAUUUGUCUGUGCGUGCACUUUCUUACUAUAAAAGAGGCUACAGGAGGUUUUUCCGACCGAAACAUCAUUGGCAAAGGAGGAUUUAGCAACGUCUACAAGGGGAAGUUACGCGAUGGUACAGACCUUGCCGUUGAUGUUGCUGUAAAGAGGCUGAAACGCACUCGUCUUACUGAUAAAGGGAGGGAAGAUUUCUUAAGGGAAGUGGAAGUGAUGUCGACCCUCACGCAUGUCAAUCUUGCCGAGCUUCUCUACUAUUGCCAGGACCAGGAAGAAGAUGAGUGGAUACUAGUCUAUGAGUGGAUGGAGAAAAAAAGUUUAAAUCGCUACAUAUUUGGAGAACAAAACAUGCCCCGCUCUUCACCGAAUUGGGCGCAAAGACUGGAAAUAAUUCGUGGGGUUGCAGUAGGUGUUGAAUUCCUUCACAGCAAGCAAGUCAUUCACAGGGAUCUUAAACCUGGCAAUAUACUUCUGGAUGAUUCGUGGAACCCGAAGAUAGCAGACUUCGCCACUGCCAAGCUGUUCAUUGCCGACCAGACAGAUCCGACAGUAGUACUGACACCAGGAUAUGUCGCUCCAGAGUAUGCAGGAGCAGAGCGGACCCUGACGUACAAGUGUGAUGUAUAUAGCUUCGGAGUCGUCCUGCUGGAGAUAGUCAUCGGCAAAAGGAGAACAAGCAUGCCAACGUUCCUUCUUCAUGCCUGGGAAUUGUGGAAUCGUCGUGAUAUUGAGGAGCUUCUUGAUCAAGAAGUGGGCGAACUUGGCGAGCUCUUGUCAGCACUAGCCAGGUGCAUCCAGAUUGGCCUUCUCUGCGUGCAGAAUUUGCACCGGUCGCCUGAGGAGGACAGGCCUGCCAUGUCUGAAGUUGUGGCAAUGCUAACCAGCAGCGACUCACAGCUCCGAAUGCCAAGUAAACCCAUAGCUCACAGGGCAGCUGGCCCGAGCGUACAGCUAAUAAUCUCAGAUGACACCCCCGGACCGAGCACCAUCUCUCGCUCGGCACAUCCUGCGGCAAACGCAGCGUAUGAGUGA